AUGACUUCCCUGACGCUUAUUGUCUUCGGAGUUGUCGAGAAGUUCCAUCAGUUCUGGAGCAAUGAGGUCGCUGGGCAGGGCGACGUUGAGAAUCCUUUCGAUUUUGUACUGGUUAUUACGAACUACAAGUAUUUGGAGGAUCCUAUGCUGAAUCGUCACAUUAUGAGAUGGGGACAUUACUGUGCUCUGGAUGUUGGCCUGAACUAUCUGACUUUUGAUCAUUCGUCGUCGCAAAAGAACCCAGAUGGUGUCUGGGAGCAGACGCAAUCUUUGACCAAUGGUGAGAAAUCGUAG